AUGAGCGAUCUUGUAAUUAAUCAGAAGAUUCUACCGGACAUUUCGAAAUCAAAAUGGGACCAGAACACUUAUUCAGGUCGAGUCAAACAUUACUUUGCAUCCGCCAACCCGAUGACACUAUUCACCUCGUCGGCGACUCAAGAAAAUUCUCGAAAAAUAGUUUUGGACUACAAAAAAGGAAUAAUCGAUCCGAAUCUGACUAUGGAUCAAUUGUGGAGAGCAAAGAUACUGUAUGAUUCGAUAUAUCAUCCGGAUACCGGCGAGAAGAUGUUCUGUUUGGGCAGAAUGAGUGCGCAGAUGCCCGCAAACAUGGUGAUCACCGGACUGCUCCUCAGUUGCUACCGUUCCUGCCCAGGCAUCAUAUUCUCCCAUUGGGUCAAUCAAUCAUUUAACGCAAUCGUCAAUUAUACGAAUCGAAGUGGAAAUGACCGUACCACAAACCAACAACUUUUCUACUCGUACUGUUGUGCGACGGGGGCGGCGACCACUGCGGCUCUUGGCUUGAAUAUGAUGGUCAAGAAUAGUCAUGGUCUGGCGGCACGGUUGGUGCCAUUUGUCGCAGUCGCUGUGGCAAAUGCUAUCAAUAUUCCAAUGGUUCGAGCGCACGAGCUCAUCGACGGCAUCGAGUUAUGCGAUGAAAACGACCAACUAAUUGCGAAAUCCAAAAAACUCGCCACCCUCUCCAUCGCUCAAGUCACCCUAAGCCGUAUCGCCAUGGCUAUGCCAGAUAUGGUGCUAAGCCCGGUCAUCAUGAAUCGCUUCACUCGAACCGCCUACUAUAGGACACGCCCACUCGUUCAGAAAUACUCGGAAAUGCCGAUUCAAACUUUCUUGGCUGGAAUUGGUCUCUACUUCACUACGCCCCUUGGAUGUGCGCUGUUCCCUCAAAAAAGUUCGAUUGAGGUAUUGAAACUGGAGCCGUCAGUGCAGAAGCAGUUGCUGAAGUGGAGAGAUCCGCCGAAAGUUUUGUAUUAUAAUAAAGGACUUUGA